AAGGCAGAGUCUCUUCUCAAAGGCUGUUUCACAGUGAAAAUAUGCUCAGUGCAGCCGAGUGCAUGAAUGAAAAAGCCUCUGGUACCUUCUAGUCUGGCAAAAUGCAGCACAAAACUCAACUUACUCUGUCCUUUCUACUGUCCCAGGUUCUGCUGUUUGCAUUUACAGAAGAUUUGGAAUGCAUCCCUGGAUUCCAGCAGAAGAUUUUUUAUAUUGAACAGCCUUCGGAAUUCACAGAGGACCAGCCACUUCUGAACUUGGUGUUUGAUGACUGCCAGGGGAACAGCAAAUUGAACUUUGAAGUUUCUAACCCGGACUUCAAGGUGGAAAGAGACGGCUCUUUAUUUGCGCUCAGGAACGUGUCGGACGUGGGCAGAGCCCUGUUCGUGCACGCGCGGACUGAACGCGCUGAGGACAUGGCAGAAAUUUUGAUCGUUGGCGCCGAUGAAAAGCGCACUGCGUUAAAGGAAAUCUUUAAGCUGGAGGGCAACUUUGGAAUUCCAAGACAAAAAAGAGCUAUUUUGGCAACUCCGAUUUUAAUUCCAGAAAAUCAAAGACCACCGUUCCCCAGAUCUGUUGGCAAGGUUAUCAGAAGCGAGAGGACUGAGGGAGCGAAGUUUCGGCUCUCUGGUAAGGGGGUAGACGAGGACCCCAAAGGGAUUUUUCGGAUCAAUGAGAUCAGCGGAGAUGUCUCCGUGACCCGAGCUCUGGACAGAGAAGCCAUUGCCAAUUAUGAGCUGGAAGUUGAGGUCACAGACUUAAGUGGGAAGAUCGUGGAUGGCCCAGUCCGUCUGGACAUUUCAGUGAUCGAUCAAAAUGAUAACAGGCCCAUGUUCAAAGAAGGACCUUAUGUUGGCCAUGUCAUGGAGGGAUCCCCUACAGGAACGACGGUGAUGCGGAUGACAGCGUUCGAUGCUGACGACGCCAACACGGACAACGCUCUCCUGCGCUAUAACAUCCUUAAACAGACGCCCACCAAACCGUCCCCAAACAUGUUCUAUAUUGACCCGGAGAAGGGGGACAUCGUCACAGUGGUGUCACCAGUACUGUUGGAUCGUGAGACUAUGGAAACCCCCAAAUAUGAGCUGGUUGUAGAAGCUAAGGACAUGGGUGGUCUUGAUGUGGGAUUAACUGGCACAGCGACUGCCACUAUUCUUAUUGAUGACAAAAAUGAUCAUCCACCUGAAUUUACCAAGAGGGAGUUUCAAGCCACAGUAAAGGAAGGGGUCACCGGUGUGAUAGUCAACUUAACCGUGGGAGACCGGGACGACCCUGCCACUGGCGCCUGGAGAGCCGUCUACACCAUUAUCAACGGGAACCCAGGGCAGAGCUUUGAGAUCCACACCAACCCGCAGACCAACGAGGGGAUGCUCUCCGUUGUGAAGCCUUUGGACUAUGAGAUCUCAGCAUUCCACACGUUGCUGAUCAAAGUGGAAAAUGAAGACCCGCUGAUUCCAGACAUCGCCUAUGGCCCCAGCUCCACGGCGACGGUUCAGAUCACUGUUGAGGAUGUGAAUGAAGGUCCCGUUUUCCACCCGAACCCAAUGACAGUGACAAAACAAGAGAACAUCCCCGUGGGCAGUGUUGUGUUAACGGUUAAUGCCACCGAUCCAGAUACUUUGCAGCAUCAGACUAUCAGGUAUUCAGUUUUCAAGGAUCCUGCAGGCUGGCUAGAAAUCAACCCAACCAACGGUACCAUUGGCACCACCGCCGUGCUGGAUCGGGAGUCUCCUUACGUGCACAACAACAUUUACACUGCUCAGUUUCUGGCCAUAGACAGUGGUAACCCUCCUGCGACAGGGACAGGAACUUUACACAUCACCUUGGAGGAUGUCAAUGACAACAUCCCGUCCCUUUAUCCAACACUGGCCAAAGUCUGCGAUGAUGCAAAAGAUCUCCGGGUGGUGGUAUUAGGAGCAUCGGAUAAGGAUCUUCAUCCCAACACAGACCCAUUCAAGUUUGAAUUGAGUAAGCAGUCUGGCCCAGAGAAGUUGUGGAGAAUCAACAAGCUUAACAAUACUCAUGCCCAGGUCAUCCUGCUGCAAAACCUGCAAAAGGCACAUUACAACAUCCCUAUCUCAGUGACAGAUUCUGGAAAACCACCUCUGACUAACAAUACAGAACUGAAAUUGCAAGUGUGCUCCUGCAAGAAAUCCAAAAUGGACUGCAGCGCGACCGAUGCCCUUCACAUCAGCAUGACCCUCAUCCUUCUUUCACUCGGCAGUUUAUUUUGUCUGUAAGAACUCGUGACAUUUGAAGCCGUCCUACUGCGUUGCCGUGGCAACGGGGGAAAAAAACAAACAAAAAAGAAAACGUCAGAGUGGAAGAUGGCAGUUUACAGUUACUGUUCUUCACUACUAGGCCUCAGUUGCUCCAGAUCCGGUUUAAUUUGCCACCUCACUUAAUUUGCCCGACUACCCAUCAGCGUUUGACAGCCUCUACCCUUACUCCGAUUGAUUAAUGGAUUUCUCUCGCACGAUGCAAGGUUUACGUGAGUUUUCACUGAAUGUUAAAGACCACGCCAUCCAGACCUGAUCUUGGCGGAGCAAGAACCAGAAUGACUCCAUUUUUCUUUUCUAUCUGUCGACUUGUUGCUAUUCAACUGUCCAGAAAAUAUUUUGUCUGUGGGUUAGUAUUUGUAUAUGUAUGAGUGUAUGUAUAUAUAUAUAUAUAUUUAUAGAGAGAGAAAAGUUAUAUGGCAGGUUUAGCUUUUCGAAAAUGUUAAUCUGGAGGAUGGUGAGGGCCAGAGCAGAGCAACAUGGCCCUGGGUGACCUGCAGCACUUGUAGCACCCAUGAAAUCUGGUGCCCACCGUGCUCCUGCCCAUAGGCAUGUGCUGGGACAACUGGCCAAGGCAGAGCAUCAGUAAAGACAUCGCUCCGGAGCAUCAUCAUCAUCACACUCUUGGCCUCUGC